GGCAGCCCGGGGCCGCACCCUCGCUCGCUCGGUGGCGGCGCGCAAAGACGCCAGCCGCGCCACGCACAGCCUGCGUCCUGCGCCCCGGCCACAGCGCAUCCACGCCGCCGCGGCGGUCGCUCCGGAGCGGAGCCCGGCCGGCGGGCCGGGUCGGGGUGGGCAGCCCAGUUUGCAGCCUGCUGGAGGUGGCGGCCGCUGCAGCCCUGGCAUCCCGCACACCCCUAGGCAUACGCACCAAACGCCUCCUCCCUGCGCCACGAGGAUGGAGCAGCCAUCCCAACCCAGGACUGGCGCAAGGUUUUCCAAGCAAGGGCAGGAAUGAUGAAGGCUGUGCACUAACUGCAGACUUUUGAGCCGCUCAGGAAGGAAAUCCGGAGUGUGGCCAGAACAGUUGCAACCCGUGGAGUCAAUGAGGAAUGGACUCGUGAUUAUGCUGAGAUUUCAGCAUGAAUCUGGUCGACCUGUGGCUAUCCCGUUCCCUCUCCAUGUGUCUCCUCCUCCAGAGCUUUGUUCUGAUGAUACUGUGUUUUCAUUCCGCCAGUAUGUGUCCCAAAGGCUGCCUUUGCUCUUCCUCUGGUGGUUUAAAUGUCACCUGUAGCAAUGCAAACCUCAAGGAAAUACCCAGAGAUCUCCCUCCUGAAACAGUUUUGCUGUAUCUGGACUCCAAUCAGAUCACAUCGAUCCCCAAUGAGAUUUUUAAGGACCUCCACCAACUGAGGGUUCUCAACCUGUCCAAAAACGGCAUCGAGUUUAUCGAUGAGCAUGCGUUCAAGGGAGUAGCAGAAACCUUGCAGACCCUCGACCUCUCGGACAACAGGAUUCAAAGCGUGCACAAAAAUGCCUUCAAUAAUCUGAAGGCUAGGGCCAGAAUCGCCAACAACCCUUGGCACUGUGACUGCACCCUCCAGCAAGUUCUGAGGAGCAUGGCAUCCAAUCACGAGACAGCACACAAUGUAAUUUGCAAGACCUCGGUGUUGGAUGAGCAUGCCGGGAGACCGUUCCUCAACGCUGCCAACGACGCUGACCUUUGUAACCUCCCGAAAAAGACGACUGACUAUGCCAUGCUCGUCACCAUGUUUGGCUGGUUCACCAUGGUGAUCUCGUACGUGGUGUAUUACGUGAGGCAGAAUCAGGAGGACGCCCGGAGACACCUUGAAUACUUGAAAUCCCUGCCAAGCAGGCAAAAGAAGGCAGACGAGCCCGAUGACAUUAGCACUGUGGUAUAACAGCCACGCUGACUGGCACUGGGAAAGUAACUUCUGGUUGUAGUAGAAUAAGUGGUUCACUUCUCCCUUCAUUGUACACGAUUAAAAAAACUUUGCAUUUUAGUUUCUUUGGAAUCACUCCACUGUUGAACUUUUCGCGAACUCUGCACCACAGAUAAUUUUAGUUUAGGUGAUCUUCCCCUCAUCAAUUGUGCCCCUGGUCCUGAGUAACAAGCUCUCUGAACAUUAGUCAGACCCAUCUCACUAUUUAAUAAUGAAAUUUAUUUUUUUAAUUUAAAACUGAAUAAAAGCUUAACUUUGAACCGUGGAAAA